UAUACCCUAUACGGGUGUAUUUGAGAUUUAGCCGUGUAAAGGCUGAAAACAGAGAAAUCUGAGCGUUUUAAUUUUUUUGUCUCUCGUUUUAAUUAAAAUUCACAAUAUAUUAAAAGCUGGGAUUUAUGAGUUGACAAGGGUGUUUUUUUAUUUUAAAUAAAAAUGACAAUGGACACCGACGAUGAAAAGGUUUACAGCACCAGAAGAAGAGACCUCCCGCCAAUUUCACACGUGCAGAAAGCGAAGACACGACCGCGGGGUCCACGUGCAUUGCCGUCUUUGCCAAGCCAAGAUACGGCAGACGAGAUGCCUGUUCCAAAAAAGAAAAAGAAGAAGAAGGCCAAGCCGGAGGAGAGCACGGAGGCGGCCGAGGUUCCUAAAGGAGAUGGCGGGAUCGAGAUGGGAGGCCUGGCCAGUCCGAGACAAUCGGCGAGCCAAAAGCGUUUAACGCCCGAACCUCCUGAAAACCUGCCACAGACAAAGAAAAAGCAGAAGAAAGCUGGGACAGUCGAUCAAGACGGCGAUCAGGCCAACCUGGUGCUGAACAGCGACAUGGCGGAUCAGAACUCGGACGAGGAAACGACACGGAAACCGAAGAAGAAGAAGAAGAUGAAGCCUAAAGUGACAGAAACGGAGCAGAAUAAUGACCUGGGCAUCGAAGAUGAUGACAUCAUCACAGGCACCCAACCUCCGAUCCCCCAGCAUGCAUUGUUCUCUGCUCCUCAGGGUCAAAGUCAACCUGUGGCCAAGGUGUUCAUCGAGAGGGAACGCCGUUUUCAGCCUGCUGAGCGUACAGUUCGGCGUAGGACCAGCAAUCAGAUGGAGCACAAUUUCAUGGACAACCAGUCCACGUGGACCACCAGAGACGUGUCCAUGAGAGUGCACCAUGGCUUCAGGGUGAUCGGCUUGUUCUCUCAUGGCUUUCUAGCUGGUUAUGCUGUUUGGAAUAUUAUUGUGCUCUACAUAUUGGCUGGAGAUCAGAUGAGCGCAUUGCCAAACUUACUGCAGCAGUACUACAGUCUGGCCUACCCUGCACAGUGCCUCUUUUACUUCCUCCUGGCCCUUAGCACUGUUUCAGCCUUCGACAGAGUGAAUCUUGCCAGAGCACCAACCGCCAUCAGGAGUUUCCUCACUCUCGAUCCUGUGGCCCUCGCUUCCUUCUUGUAUUUCUCAGCUCUGGUCCUGUCUCUAAGCCAGCAGAUGACUAGUGAUCGUAUUAAUCUCUACCGCAGUGUGAACGCCUCACUAUGGCUGCCUGGCUCAGAGCACAGUGUGCUGUAUCCUUGGAUCAUAGUGCAGCUGGUGGUCACUCUGUUGGUGGGCUUGGCCUGGGUCCUAGUGUCCACCUCCCCAGAUGUGGAUUACACAGAAGAGUCCUUGAUGGCAAUGAAGAUAGAAUAUCCCAGUGUGGAGGAGAAAGGAAGCAUCAGUGCCUGAGAAGCAGCACUGGCUGAAAGGUUUCAUAUUUAUACUCCUUCUACACCACAUACAUUUGUAAAUAAAGUUUUAUGAAGAACAAAUACAUUUGUUUGCAUUUCAACUUAAAUUGGGGUUCUGAAGGCAGAGUGGUAGGAUGCUAAACCUUUUAAUCUGUAGAUAGUGUUUGAACUGAGAACUUGGGGUUGCUCUCCAUAACCACCAGGAUUUAAAGGGUUAAGUAUUGCAAGCAGAGGUGGGUGUCUUAAGCAACAAAACCCAAUUGGUUGUAGUUACUUUUAUUAAAAAUCAUACCAAGGUAGUUUGUUAAAGAAAGUCACUUUAUUCACUACAGCCUUGUAAUCUGAAGGCAAGGACACCAUCUUGGCCUUUGUCUCAGAACAGCCACCAGGAGCACACAGACACUCAUCGCCACGAGAGCAGCUACACCAUACAGUCCAUAGCAAAUACCCUGAGGCACUAAACAUAUGGGGGGAAAUAUCAAGACAGUUUUAGUUCCUAUAGAUUGAAGAGCUUUUCAACCAAGGUCUUACCUUCCUGAAGACCAUCUGCUUGGCUCUUAGCUGAAACUGGCAAGUCGGCAAUAACAAGGACCAUACCACUAGAGACUAGGACUUUCUUCCCAGAAUUCUGCACAGCUGAAACUGAUCUUUCUGUUGGAUCAAGAAUUUGAUAGACAUAAGGCAAAGGGGGAUAAGGAGUAGUAUGAGCUUUUCCUUAGUCCAAGACUAACUUACUUGUCCUAUGACAGCUUGGUUCACAGGACUCUGUGGCUGAGAGCUGGCACACAGCUGUACUACAGUGGAUGUAGAGCUGAAGGG